AUGGCCCGCGGGAAUCAGCGCGAUAAGGCUCGCGAAGCCGCCCAGAAGAAGCAGGCCGCCCAGAAGAAGUCCCACGGCAUGAGCGGUAGCGAACUAGCCAAAGCAAAGGAGGUCGCGGCGCAGAAGAUGCGCGAGAAGCAAGCUGCCGCUGAUGCGAAGAAGGCGGGCGAGUCGGCCGGCAAGAAAUAG